AGUUUUGACAUUCCGUAUCCGUGGACGUUUCUAACCGGAUUAUCGUCGAAUCACCUAUUUGCACCGCAUUUUUAAUUGUGAUAUAGUUUGGUGCACAGUUAUCUAAAACAGUGCGUCGCAAUAUAUUCAAGAUGUCUCGUCUUAGGUUUUGUUUUUUAUUAGCAGUACUAUGCAGUUGUUUGCAGAAUGGUUACGGUUUUACAACAGAAAAGCCAGUUACCCAGCAUGUAGAUCCUAAACCAGAAGUUCCUGAAACGUUGCCUGAAACAACACGAGUGCCUGCGCCGAGCUCGUCGACGGCAGCGCCGACCACACCAGCCCCGACACCGGCACCAACGCCAGCACCCACACCAGCUCCUACUCCAGCUCCUACUCCAGCUCCUACCCCUGCUCCUACUCCUGCGCCUACUCCUGCGCCUACCCCCGCACCCACACCCGCCCCAGCGCCCACUCCUGCCCCUACCCCUGCUCCUCUCCCCGCCCCCGACCAAGGCACAUGGUCCUUCACUGAUGAAAAGGCCAAUCAGACAUGCAUUGUGGCCCAAUUCGCAGCCCAACUGAAUGUCACAUACACCAAGUUAGUGGAGAAUGCAACGUCUCUAUCGUACGUGAGGCUCAACGUGCCCGCGAACGCGUCGGUCCUCAACGGCAGCUGUUCAGACCCCGACCAAUGGAUCCAGAUCACCUGGAAGACCAACGACGACAGCGAGACGAACAACACCAUGACCCUCGUGUACAACAAGAAUGCCACCACCAAGAACUACGGCCUGAAGAGCCUGAACUUCACCCUCACUCCUGACAACUUCGUCAAUGGAUCAAAGGACCCGAUGGAGCUGUACCACGGACCUGAAUGGGUCACCCCACUGGCUACCUCGUACCGCUGCAAGUCUGCCACCCAGCUGAACUUGACCUCCGAGUCGCCCAGCGCUGUGGGAGUGCUCACCCUCUCUCGUCUGCAAGAAGAAGCCUACCGUACUACCGCUGGCAGUGGAUUCAGUGCUGCCCGCGACUGCGGCGGCGGCGACGUGCCCGACGCGGUGCCCAUCGCCGUGGGCUGCGCGCUGGGCGGGCUGGUGGUGGUGGUGCUGAUAGCCUACCUGGUGGGCCGCCGGUACUCCGCCUCCCGCGGAUACCUCUCCAUGUAGACUGCAAAGGUUUAUGUCAGCCGCUCAGCGAAUCGGCGAGAGUAGUCAAUAUAUGAAAAUAUAGAAAACAGUUAUACAUUGUUUGCAUCGCAUUUACCCACACCCUCACAUGUGACUAAAGUCCACUACUCUGCUUACCUUCCAUUUGUAUUGUAUCUCAGUUACUGUGGUAAAUAUUAACACACUCGUCCUUUAAAGCUGGACUUUAAUAAAUUCAAGGAUUUGUCUAACGUUGGGUCAAUGUGAGAAUAUCGUUAUGUAUUAAAUUCUUUAAUUUCUUGUCUUUCAAUCUCAUGUCAAUAUCUUCCACAUUGGCCAGUAAAUAGUGUUCCAAGUAUUUGAUUGGCUUUAGUAUUAAAAUAGCGAGCAGAUAGUGUAUAGUUGAAUUUGCUCAAAAAUUAAAACAAUUAUUCCAUGUCUAAUUGAUUCCGGUAUGUUAGCAAUUUACUUACUUUAGUACUCUACGGUUACAUUCGAGAACUGACCACAGUGUGACCUAAGUACUAAGUGUUUUUUCUCAAAAAUUCUAUUUUCCUAAGCCAUUGUUGUUUUCGGCCAUAAUAGCGUAAAAUAACUCAAAAAGUAAACAACAUAGAUACAGUAACAUUGUAAAAAUGUGAUUUAGUAGUAAUUUUAAAACUGUGUGUAUAGAAUAGUAUUUUUUGUUUGUCGAAAUUACGCAAUAAUUAUUUUAUUUCUCCGUUUUUUUUUUGUAGACUUUUGUAUAUUUUUAUGUGCUUUGUUUAGUCCAAAGAUUUUAUUUUCAUUUCGGUUAUAUGCACGUAUAACUAAACAUUAUAUGUAUAUGGGGUCAAUUUAUUGUCAAAAUGUCCAUAAUAUCCAUAAAUAUAUAAACAAUCCGUUUAGGUAUAGUUAGUCGAUAAUAAAAUGAAUGCAGUGUCUUUCUUUUAUUAGAAUUUAGUAUUCAGACUAUUUUAAGUGUAACAUUAAAGCUGGACAAUGUCAUUGCUAAAUUUGUGUACAUCUGUGGCCACCAGUGUUGCCAUGCUCCAACUUAUAUCACGUCACCAAGUACAAUAAAUAUCUCGUGAAAUUUGAGACAGCCUUUCAUGCGAGUCUGGCAAUACUGGUGACCACAGAUAGUCGAUAUUUGUUUAACAAUCGCCAGAGUAUAAAAUUUUAGAAAUGGCAAUGAGUUGCCCAGUGAUGCGGCUACGUUAUGUGCAGUCGGCUAUAAUAAAUAACUGAAGACUGCAGGUAACUCGCCAGGUGAUGGAGCGAAGGGUAUUGUCGGGAGUUCGAGUCCGGAUGGAGUCUUCUAUACGGUUGACUUGUACAACGUUUAUAUAUUUUAACAGAACAUUGUAUUAUUAAUGUAUGAAGUCACCCGCACAGUGGACCGAAGACAACUUACAAAAAUGUGAAAUACUAAAACAAACAUUACCUCUGUUUAGUAUCAAAAUGUUCAUGUUUUCGUAAGCCGUGCCGAUUGAUGUACGAUUCGAAAAAGAAAUAAAUGUUUUUUAUUGCCA